AUGUCGCCCACUGUUGCAUUUAUUACCGGUGCCAAUCGCGGAUUGGGCUUUGGGAUAGCUAAAAACUUGGUGGCUAAACCAAACUACGUCGUCGUUGCCGCGGUUCGUGAUCCUGAACAUUCAACCGCAAAGGAGCUCUCUCUUCUUCCCACAGGCGAAGGCAGCAGAAUUGUCAUUGUGAAGUACGAUGCCGCUGUUGAGCAGUCUGCGUUUGAUGCUGUUGAUGAAGCCGUCGGCAAGGGCAUUGAUCACUUAGACUAUGUUGUCGCCAACGCCGGAAUUUCUAAAAUUUACCCCCUCGUGAAAGAUGUCAAACGAUCGGACAUCGUCGAGCACAUUGAGGUGAACGUUUUAGGCGUUGUAUCGCUGUAUCAAGCCAGUCGCUCUCUUCUCCAGAAGUCAACCUCCAGCCCAGUCUACUCUAUGAUAGGAUCUUCAGGUGGAGCUUUAGGUCGCCAGGCCCCCGUUCCAAACGCAGCUUAUGGUGCUUCCAAAUCUGUUCUCCCAUGGUACGGAGUUCGCAUCAAUGCGGAAGAUGAAUGGCUCAACGCUUUUGUGAUUGACCCCGGCUGGGUGCAGACUGAUAUGGGGAACAGGGCUGCGAAGGGAUGGGGCUAUGAAUCAGCACCAGUGACUGUCGAAGAUUCAACCAGUGGUAUAGUCGAUGUCCUUACCAACGCAACCAAGGAGCAGUACGGUGGAAAGCUGGUCUCGUACAAUGGUGAAGUCCUAGAGUGGUAA